AUGACCAAUUCAAAUAGGAGUAACCAAACAAUGACCAACCAAAACAAGGUCAAUGAUGGUGAAUUAUACUCUAGGGUCAUGGGAUUCAUUGCCGGUAUGUGCUCAGGUGUAGCUAAGAAUACUGUUGGCCAUCCAUUCGAUACGAUAAAAGUUAGAUUACAAACCUCACAAGGUACAGGAAGAUUUAAAGGCCCCAUGGAUUGUGUCUACAAGACAAUGCAACAACAAGGUGUCCGUGGAUUCUAUUUAGGGUUCACUCCCCCUUUAGUUGGUUGGAUCAUUAUGGAUUCAGUUUUGCUUGGAAGCUUGCAUAAUUAUAGAAUGUUCUUAAGCAAAUAUUUUUAUCCAACUUAUGAAAAACUACCGUUAUCAGGUUGUGUAAUUAGUGGUGUCAUGUCAGGUUGGACUGUUAGUUUUGUUGCUGCUCCUGUCGAAUUGGCUAAAGCCAAAUUACAAGUUCAAUAUGAUGCUACCACUACGAAAUAUAAGGGUCCAAUUGAUGUGAUAAGAAAAGUCUACGCUACUAAUGGGAUCAAAGGUCUGUAUAAAGGUUUAGUGAGUACACUUAUUUUUAGAACUCAUUUCAUUUAUUGGUGGGGGUCUUAUGAAUUGUUCACUCAAUGGUUUAAAAAAAAUACCAAGUUAAGUGACCCUGCAAUAAAUUUUUGGGCUGGAGGUUUAAGUGCAUCACUGGGAUUUUGGACAACAGCUUAUCCUAGUGAUGUGAUAAAGCAAGUAGUCCUAUGCAAUGAUAAAUAUGAUGGAAGUUUCAAGUCUUGGAAACAAGCAGCAAAAGAUAUAUAUAUUCAAAGAGGUUAUAAAGGGUUUUUCAAAGGGUUCAUGCCAAGUUUCUUAAGAUCAUUCCCAACAAAUGCAGCGGCUCUAGCGGCUUUUGAAUUUGUUUUACGUACCAGUGGUGCUAAGAAAGUUUAA